GUUUUUUUCACUCUGUUUGCUGAUGGGAGCCGGUCGCCACCAGAGCUGGAAUAUAACAACAUGCUGCUGUACUUUGCAGCUCACCGAGACCCAGCCCAGGGAUUCCACCGAUCGCUCAGCCUGGCUUCUGGAAUAAUCCUGACCUGGAAUCCAGACUCAGACUCCACCCUACUCAAGUCUGAACCAUGCAUUGAUCGGCAGUCUGUAAGGGAGACUCCAAUUGUUCUCAACACCUCUGAUGAAACUUCUCCUUCAGCCGAGAUGGUGCCAAUAUACGCACUGUUUCAGAUCCUAACACAUGGGGUUGCCAAGAGUGAGGAUACUCAUCGCCACAGUAACAAAUAUGAAAUUGAACAGCUUUACUGCAAGCAUUUAACUCAGGUGUACAAAGAUUUGGGAUCAAAGAACUUUGAACCUGUUCCAUUUCAGAUUUUACUGAGGCAUCCGUUCAUCAUAGACCUGAUAAAGAAUCCUCUCAAAUUCACCCUGCCCGAUUUCAAGACCAUUCUGCAGAGGAAGCCAGUUGAAAGUGAAGCAGUUGCAAGCAGCUCCCCUGAACUUUCAGUGGAAACAUCUUCAAACACACCAACAGAGGAUCCAGGAGCAAGCCGUCGAAGAAUUACCAAAUCGUGAAAGUUGUUUGUAAUUGGCAAUUAUAACUGGGUCAGAAUGUGGAUGUCAUUCAGUAGCUGGAAUAAAACCACAUAGA